AUGUCGAACCAAACGCCGGCCGUUGUCAUGGACAACGGUACGGGCUACUCGAAACUCGGAUUCGCCGGCAACGACUCUCCCUCCUUCGUCUUCCCAACCGCAAUCGCAACCAAAGGCCCAGCAGCGGGCGCAGGCGGCUCUGGGUCCGGCAGGCCCGCGGUAGCCAACAAGCCUUCCUUCCUCACUGGCGGCGCGGGACCGUCAGGGCAUUUAUCAGGCAAGAGAGGGACGGAGGACUUGGACUUCUUCAUUGGCGAUGAGGCACUUGCGGCAUCUGCAGGUCCUGGCUAUGGCGUCCACUAUCCCAUACGGCACGGUCAAAUAGAGAAUUGGGACCACAUGGAACGCUUCUGGUCGAACAGCAUCUUCAAAUACCUUCGGGUAGAACCUGAGGACCACCACUUCCUGCUCACUGAACCACCACUCAACCCUCCCGAGAAUCGCGAAAACACCGCCGAAAUCAUGUUCGAGUCCUUCAACUGCGCUGGCCUAUACAUCGCUGUACAGGCUGUGCUCGCGCUUGCGGCCAGCUGGACAAGCAGUAAGGUGCAAGACCGGAGUUUGACAGGCACAGUCAUUGACUCCGGAGAGGGCGUGACGCACGUCAUUCCAGUCGCCGAGGGCUACGUGAUCGGCAGCAGCAUCAAGAGCAUCCCCAUGGCAGGCCGAGACAUUACCUACUUUGUACAAAGCCUACUGCGAGACCGAGGAGAGCCAGACAGCAGUCUGAAGACUGCGGAGCGGAUAAAGGAGGAGUACUGCUACGUCUGUCCCGACAUCGUCAAGGAGUUUGCCCGCUUCGACCGAGAACCCGACGACCGCUUCAAGCAGCAUGAAGUCAAAUACCCUAAUGGCCGGACGACCAAGGUAGAUGUCGGCUACGAACGCUUCCUUGCGCCAGAGAUCUUCUUCAACCCUGAAAUCUACAGCUCCGACUUCCUCACUCCUCUGCCGAACAUUGUCGACACCGUGAUCCAAACCUCGCCCAUCGAUGUGCGGAGAGGUCUGUACAAGAAUAUCGUGCUCUCCGGCGGCUCCACGCUUUACAAAGACUUUGGCCGAAGAUUACAACGAGACAUCCGCCAUCUGGUCGAUGCAAGGAUAAAGCAGUCGGAGGCGCGGGCAGGCAAUGCGGCGAAGUCGGGUGGGUUGGAUGUGCAGGUCAUCACGCACCGAAGGCAACGACAUGGACCGUGGUUCGGCGGGUCAUUGCUCGGUCAGACGCCCGAAUUCAGGAGUUAUUGCCAUACGAAGGCGGAGUAUGAUGAGGUUGGGCCGAGUAUCGUGAGGAGGUUUGCGCUGCUUGGAGGGCCAGGGAGUACAUGA